AUGGCCAACGGAGUUGAUAAGAAGUUUUGUUGGGAGAUUAAGAAUUUCUCCUCUUUGAACUCUGAGAGGUCUUAUUCUGUUCCUGUCUUGAUCGGUGACUCCAGAUGGCGUCUUUGUGCUUUUCCAAAGGGAUAUAGAGCAGAUUACUUUUCUCUGUAUCUAGAAGUUGCUGAUUUUCAAUCAUUGCCUUCUGGAUGGAGAAGAUACGUCAAACUUCGUAUGACUAUUCAAAACCAGCGUUCCCUACAACUCUCUGUACAAGAAGAAACGCAGCGUUGGUUUGAUCAGAGUGCUCCUGGAUGGGGUUUUGAAGAAAUGAUUCCGCUUACCAAACUUAAUGCCAUCGAUGGUGGUUUUUUGGUAAAUGGAAGAGUCAUGAUUGUUGCUGAGGUAGAAGUUCUUCAAGUUGUUGGCACACUAGAUGAAACAGAGGAAUCUGUACAUUCUAAUGAUGAUUUACUCAUCAAGACUCAAGAAGUGAAGGAAAGCAUUGAUGUUAAUGGGUUUCAAGUUCUUCCUUCACAGGCAGAAUGUGUGAGACGUAUAUUUGAAAAACACCCUGAAAUUGCAAAAAAUUUCCAAGUAAAGAACCAACAUCUGAGGAAAACAUUCAUGAAUUUCCUGGUCAACGUAAUUGAGACGCUGUGCCAAUCUCUUCAGGAGCUAUCCAUUGAAGACCUUGUGGAAGUAGACAUUGCACUGACAUACUUGAAGGAUUCGGGGUUUAAGGUGGAUUGGUUGGAGAAGAAGCUGGACCAAGUAAAAGAAAAGAAGGAGAAAGAACAGUCUGGUUUGGUCAUACUCCAAGGUAUAGAGCAACAGCUUCAUGACUUGAUGCACAACUGCGAGACGAAGAAGUCAGAGGUUUUGUCCAUUGGAGCUCCUUUAAAGUUCAAUGAUGUUGUUUGA